AUGGCGGCGGCGACUGCGGUGCAGGCCCCGGCUCUACUGGCGACGCUGGCGGCGACGACGACCGCAGCUGCGGCGCAGCCCGUCGGCACGAGCACCUUUGCUCAGCUUUGGGCGGCUUUGGCGGCCUCGGGCCUUACAGCCGCAGCUGUCGCACUCGCCAUCGCAGUCGGCGGCGGCGGUGAGCUCUCCAUCGACACCCUCCGCUUCGCGCGCCCGGUCACGCUGCACACCAGCGCGCACAACCCGGGCGCGAGGGAGUUUGUCGACGCGCUCGCGGGCAGCAUCGAGGGCGUCGUCGCGGCGGACGCGCCUCCGCUCGGGCGGGGGCGGUCCCGCGGCGCCCUUGCGCGGCAGCUCUCGCGGCGGCGGAGCUUCCCCACCGCAGGGGCGAGCGCGCCGUCGCUCGGCCGGCAGCUGUCGCGCGCCCUCACGAGGGAGGGCCUCUCGCAGAGCGUGUUUGUGCUCUACCUCAACAGCGCCACCUUUGUGGGCGACGCCGGCCUCGCCCUCGCCGACGAGGCGUGCGGCAGAACAGUGCGCACGUGGCGCGCGGGCAAGGUGCAGCUCCUGCUGGUGCACGAGAGCGACCCGGCGCACGGAGGCUGCGACUUUGAGAACUUCUAUGCCACCACACCGGAGGACCUCGUCGCUGGAGGCCUCUACUCCGCACCGGCUGUCGAGCUCUACCCGCCGCCGCACCGCGACGUCUCCCUCGCGCUCGUGGCCAAGACGCUCGGCGCCGUGCGGCGCACCCUCGCCGCGCGCCUCUCUCUCGACCGCCUCUCCGCCCUCUCGACGGUCGAGACGGCGCGCUCCUCCGUGGCGCGGCUGUCCCUGGCGGGCCGACAUGCGGAGAAGGGGCGCGCCCGUCGCGCGGCCAGGCCCCUCGCGCGCGUGUCGGUGCGAGGCGUCGGCAACGCGCGCUCGUCGGCGGGCGACUGGGAGCCACGCGGCGGCGCCCCGCGGCUCGGCCGCUCGGACAGCAGCCUCUCCUGGUGGGGCGAGAGCGACACGGAGAGCGGGCGGCGAAGCGAGGGCGGGGCAGAGAGCCGCGUGUGACGCGCCGGGUCGCCGGCACAUGGACACGGCAGCGAGGCUUUCGACUUCGCCUGUGCUGCCAGCAGCCAGGGCGUGCGGAAAGUAACCGCUGCAAUGGAAUUCCAUUUUGACGCCAGUACGUACAUGCUGUACAGUUCAGGUCUUGUGUGUUGUCUUUGCAUGUGUGUGUGGGGGCACCCCGCCUGCGCGCCCUGGGGCCGCCCGUGUCGCAAAUCCGUACAGAGUACAGUUGAGCAUGAGCAUGAAUCGUGAAUGAGAAUGGUGUGCA